AUGGGCAGCCGGCCCCGCAGCCCCAGCGCCUGCCCUGCGCCCUGGUGGGGACCGCAGCCAGGAGGACCCGGCCCUGCCAAGCGCCGCCGACUGGAGGAGCCCGCGGCCCCCGAACCCCGCGUGGCGCGCAGCCUGGAAGACCCGCCGGGGGGCCCGGCCGCCGACGCGCUCACCUUCGUGCUGGUCCUGGCCGCGGGCAGUUCCCUGAAGGUGUCCCGGGACGACGACAGCCUGGUGCUGGUGCCCGCGCCCACGUCGAUCAUGCGAGUGUCUCUCGGUGGACACACCCUCUUCCUGAUCCCCGAGGUCCUCCUGAGCUCCGUCGACGAACGCGCGGGAGCGCAGGGCGACUUGUCUGCCUUCCUAGUAGCGGAUGUUUUCCUGGGCGCUCUCGGGGAGGACGUCGUCGUCGAGCAGGAAUUCUGCGCGUCUGUCCCAGAGGUCGCCGCCCAGGAGGAGGUCUACGAGGAGGACGCGGACGCCGAGUUCCUGGGGCUCUGGAUGGACUCCCCAGCCGGCUCAGCCGCUGGGCUCUACCCCUCCGCUGAAAGUAUGUACGGCCCCCAGCCGGAGGGCCUCAUCCCAGAGCCCUGUGCUCUGGCCCCCAGCCCCAGUUCAGAGAGACGCUCCCCACGCCCCAUCUGCGACCAGGAAUUCCACUUUCUGGAGCCUGUCCCCAGCUCACCUCUCCAACCUCUACCUCCCUUUCCGAGUCCAGGUCCCCACGCGCGCUCGGAGCUCCCAGAGCGCCCUCUGUGCAAGGCCCGGAGACGCCUGUUUCAGGAAUGA